GAGAGGGCGGGGACCAGGCGGCGGCCGCAGCCGCAGGAAUAUGCUGGAAGCCGAAGGGCGGGCACCCGGGAGGUGCUGAACGGACAGUUCCCGCCGCCUAACUUGCCCCGCGGCGCGAGGGCGGGUGGGGCAGCCCCCGAGCCGGCGGAGCACGUGAGCGAUGGAGACCAUCUGGAUCUACCAGUUCCGUCUCAUCGUGAUCGGGGACUCCACCGUGGGCAAGUCAUGCCUCCUGCACCGCUUCACCCAGGGCCGCUUUCCCGGGCUGCGCUCCCCCGCCUGCGACCCCACCGUCGGCGUGGACUUCUUCUCCCGCCUGCUGGAGAUCGAGCCCGGCAAGAGGAUCAAGCUGCAGCUCUGGGACACGGCAGGACAGGAGCGGUUCAGAUCAAUAACUCGAUCUUAUUACCGCAACUCAGUUGGUGGAUUCUUAGUGUUUGACAUUACUAACCGACGGUCUUUUGAACAUGUGAAAGAUUGGCUAGAAGAAGCAAAAAUGUAUGUACAGCCAUUUCGGAUUGUAUUUCUGCUAGUGGGACAUAAAUGUGAUUUAGCUUCACAACGUCAAGUUACAAGGGAAGAAGCUGAGAAACUGUCAGCAGACUGUGGUAUGAAGUAUAUAGAAACCUCUGCAAGAGAUGCUACGAAUGUUGAGGAAUCCUUCACGAUCUUGACAAGAGACAUAUAUGAGCUGAUUAAAAGGGGAGAAAUUUGUAUUCAGGAUGGCUGGGAAGGGGUUAAAAGUGGUUUUGUUCCAAAUACUGUGCAUUCUUCUGAGGAAGCAGUCAAGCCCAGGAAAGAGUGCUUCUGCUGACUUCAAAUAUGCCAAAGAACUAACAAGAACAGAUUGGGUGUCAUUUCAGGAUAAAUACCAACAUUAACAGCAGAAUGAUGCAAUGAAUGCAUUAAAAAAAGUUAUCAACCCAUGCUAA